AGAGAGAGAGAGAGAGAGAGAGAGAGAGAGAGAGAAGAAUGACAUGGAUCAACACUAACAAUCGAGGAAGAGCGGAAUGCAAUGAAGAUAAACUAGGGAGGGAGAGCGAUAAACAAGAAAAAACUCGUUCUGCUGUGAGAGGAAAACGAUCGUUUUUUUUUUUUUUUUAAAAGAGGGGAGAGAUACUGAAGAGAAACGGUUCAAUCUAUAGCUAAAGAAUAUUCAUUUGAAAAGUCGGUCUGUAGUGCUCACAGCGCGAAAGAUCAAACGUUAUCAAUAAACGGAGUUAUUUUGGGUUGACAUUGACAAGAAGGUACCGCAAGAACUUUUAAACGGUUGAGAAAUAGAAUUAAAUAAAUAAGACUUGGAUUCAGAAAGUUGCCAGGGAUUUAAGAAAUCAAGAAGUAAACGUGGAUUGAAACAGGAGCACAGUGCGGGAGACGAGAGACUCUGCAUUACCAGAGGAUCCAGAGAAACAGCACUGGGACUCAGAUAACUGACUGAGAGUUUACUGAUGCACAAGCCUGCCGUCUCUGGGAGCGCCACUUAGCUGCACCAUGGAGAGAGGACAGCUGCUGUGGAUUCUGUUGUUGCCGCUGGUAACAGAGCAGGUUCCUGCGGGGGCGCUGGUGUCCUUGGAGCCACUGUCAGCCGUGUCUGCCACCCCCCAGUCUGUGGUGCCCAUGGGGGUGUCGAGGGCACAGAUCCUGUCUGCCCAGUUCGAGUGCUACCUGAAGAUCCUCAGGGACCCCCCCUACCGGGGAGACGGACCCUACUGUAACCGCACGUGGGACGGCUGGAUGUGCUGGGAGGACACCCCGCCCGGGAACAAGGCUGUCCAGUUCUGCCCUCAAUACUUCCAGGACUUCGAUCCCUUGGAAAAGGUGACGAAGGUUUGUAAUGAAGACGGACAGUGGUUUCGUCACCCGGAGAGUAACCGCACCUGGUCCAAUUACACCCUGUGUUCUGCCUUCACCAGGGCCAAACUCAAGAUGGCAUACAGCAAGUACUACCUGGCCAUUACCGGACACUGCCUCUCUCUGGUAUCCCUCUUCAUCUCGCUCUGCAUCUUCUUCUACUUCAAGAGUUUGAGUUGCCAGCGCAUCUCUCUUCACAAGAACCUGUUCCUGUCCUUCAUCCUCGACUCCAUCGUCACCAUCAUCUGCCUUUCUGCCGUGGCUAAUAACCACGAGCACGAGACUCACAACACAGCCGGCUGUAAGGUGCUGCAGUUUCUGUAUCUCUACACCAUGGGCUGUAACUACUUCUGGAUGCUGUGUGAGGGGAUCUACCUGCACACCCUCAUCAUCGUGGCCGUGUUCGUGGAGGAGCAGCAGAUGUGCUGGUACUAUAUCCUGGGCUGGGGAUUCCCUCUGAUCCCAGCCGUCAUCCAUGCAGUGGCCAGACUGCUUUUCUUCAAUGACAACUGCUGGAUCAGCGCUGCCACUCAUCUCCUGUACAUCAUCCACGGACCGAUCUGCGUGGCCCUGUUGGUGAACCUGUUUUUCCUGCUCAAUAUCGUGCGGGUCCUCAUCACCAAGCUCAAGGUCACUCACCAGGCUGAGUCCAGCACUUACAUGAAGGCUGUGCGAGCCACGCUCAUCCUGGUACCCCUGCUGGGGAUCCAGUUCGUCCUGUUGCCAUGGAAACCGGAGUGGCGACUGGCCGAGGAGAUCUACGAGUACAUCAUGCACAUCUUCAUGCACUACCAGGGCCUGCUGGUCGCCACUAUCUUCUGCUUCUGUAACGGAGAGGUCCAGGCAGCUCUGAAGAGGGAGUGGCUGCAUUAUAAAGAUCAGUGCAGUGGAAGGCUGAUGAGCAAUGACUUGCACUCCAGCUACCACACCUCAUCCGUGGUGGAGCUGAGCAGGAGCCACGGCACCAAACACAGCACCAACGGCAAGAACUGUCCCGCGGGGGAGAGCGUGGCACUGAAACCUGACAGGACCCUCACCUGACCGCGCAGCCCCGCCCCCACUGUACCCUCGCACUGAGCACGGAGAGACUCAAGCUAUCCGUCCACUUUGAAGAUGUCCCCUUGGACUUUUCUUCUGUUGCAUCGGCAAAAUGGCUUAUACUGUAUAUGGGCACUUCAGCACCUGGGUGGAAAUCUCAGCGUUGCAUUGUGUAGCAAUGUCUUUGACAGAUAUUUGAUCCGGUUUUGCAUUGAUGCAGUGUCUUUAUAUAUAUAUAUAUAUAUAUAUAUAUAUAUAUAUAUAUAUAUAUAUAUAUAUAUAUAUAUAUAUAUAUAUAUAUAUCCUUUGCACUGGUAGUUAAGCCCCCUGCGUUGCUGCACUGAGUGCCACACAGAUUAGUGAUGCACUGAAAUGCUUUGAAAGGCUGUGCAGAAUCUCCCUGGAUCUCCAGCGUCUUGUGAACUGAGGGCAGUGGAGCGCGUGUUCUCUAGUGAGGUUAGGGACAAUGGCUGUGCACAUCUGUGACAAAACAUUCCAGCGAUGGGAAUAAACACGCUAUAUAUAUAUAUAUAUAUAUAUGUUAAGGAUGAUAUUGAUGUUGUUGAUGCUAUAUUAUUUUUUAUUGUCUGUAUUAAUUGUUACUUGAAGAUUGCACUAUAGAAAACUGUCGUAAUAAUAUUUAUGAUAAAUAAAAUGAAUUCAUGGCA